AUGGUUAAAUUCUUUAUUAAAGCUAAUUUUCUAUCAAAGAAAUAUUCAAUAUUUAAUGAGGAGGAUAAUUUGGUUUACACUGCCGAAUCGGACAGUUUAAUUAAAGCAAGAGUUAGAUUAUUGGAUACCUCGAAUCAACUAUUAUAUUAUAUUAAAAAAACAUCGGUAUUUCCAAUUAAAAGAACAUUUGAAAUAUAUCAAGAUAACAAACUAUUUGCCAUUACAAAGCAUAGAAUAGGAUGGUUAAAAGAAAAUUAUUUAAUAACUUUAGUAAACAAUAAUAAUAAUAAUAAUAAUAAUAAUAAUAUUCAAUUAGAACCAAAUCAAGAUGCAAAUGAGGAUUUUGAUAAUAGUAGUCUAUCAUUCAAAGUUAGAGUAAAUGGGAGAGAAAGAGACUAUAUAAUUUUAAACGAUGAUUCAUUACAGGUUGGAAGUGUCAAGAGAAAGCAUGUUAAAUUCAGGGAUACUUAUUAUAUGGAUAUUUCUGAUUUGCUUGACCCAGUGUUCUUUCUAACCAUCGUAAUCAUUAUGGAUAAAUGUAGAGAUAAAAGAAGAACCUAA